AUGAUCGGUGCUGUGGAAGGGCAGGCUAGCCCCUCACGCCUCGCUGACGGCCGGGCGUUUAGACGAGCGAACUCCAACAGCAAAAACGACCGGAGGAACCGCAAGUUCAAGGAGGCUGAGCGGCUCUUCAGCAAGUCCUCGGUCACCUCGGCAGCGGCGGUCAGUGCAUUAGCUGGAGUUCAGGACCAGCUCAUUGAGAAGCGGGAGCCAGGCAGUGGCACAGAAAGUGACACUUCUCCAGACUUUCACAAUCAGGAGAAUGAGCCCAACCAGGAGGAUGCUGAAGAGCUGGAUGGGUCUGUGCAGGGGGUGAAACCCCAGAAAGCCGCUUCCUCUACUUCUUCUGGGAGCCACCACAGCAGCCACAAAAAACGGAAGAACAAAAAUCGACACAGGAUUGAUCUCAAGUUAAACAAAAAGCCAAGAGCCGACUACUAGACUCAUCAGUGCUGAUGCUUCUGGGAUUUAGGUCUACAUGAAUCCCCACUGAGAAAAAUGCCAGUCGACUGAAUGAGCACGAUGGCAGCUCUCUGGCCAAGUGUCUGCAGAUGGGAGUGGCUCGCUCUAAAGAACUUAGAUGGGGGGAGAAAAUCUUGGACCAUGUACUUUGCAUCAUUUUUAAAUCACCUGAGUUGCAGGAAGACUAAGGUGUAGUAGUAGUAGUAGUAGUCCUGAAUUCCUGACUAUUCUGUGCUUCCACCUCAGUCGGGAACUUCCUAAAAUUGGCUGAUGUUGCUGCUGCCACCCCUGUCAUCUGCAAACCCAUGGAGAGGUAUUUCUUUUUCCACUGGAACUGGGGUAUGAUUCGGUAUGUCCCAUCCAUGUUGUAAGACUUAGAUUACUUCUGUUGCUGAUACUUGGCUUUGUAGUUUUGUUUUUGUUUUGGUUUUUUUUGUUGGUUUUGUUGUUUGUUUUUUAAACCAAAGUGUAUAGCUAACAAAUUGACUUUUGGUUUCUUUGUUUUAAUCCAUGUAGAGUGGAAGGUUCUUCAUUUUGUGGAACAGCUCAUUUUGAUUCCUACUCAAGCAGAGAAGAAGGUGGUUAACCCUUUUCUCUAAUUUUAAACACCAUCCCCUAAAAUUUACGGAGUGCUUUUAGAUGCAGGGAAGGCUGGAGCUCAAAGCCAUCUUGCUCUUUGCUAUCUUUGAGGUUGGGUGGAUUCUCUUUUUAAUACAAACUUCUGUCAUUUGUACAUAAACAAUAAAAGUUACAUGUUUGUCUCUCUUC